UUUUUUGAUUUUAUAGGCUUUCAUCUCUGAAUUUUCAAUCAAAUAUUUACUUAAAAAUAACGAAAUGGAUCUUGAAAUAGUGAAUGCCAAAACCAAACAAUCCUAUGGCAGCAUCUCCGUUAAAUCCCGGAGGGUUACUUUUGGCAAAUUGCGACAUUUAAUCCAUGAAAAUUUAAAGGAAACACCGCAGGCUUCACGCCAAUCGUUGGGCUUAAAUCCUUGUGAUAUGGGCAUAAAGAAUGCCGUUACACUGGAAUCCUUGUCGGUGCAUAGUGGCGAUAAAAUCUAUAUUAUUGAUUUGGGACCACAAAUUGCAUGGAAAACUGUAUUCGUAGCUGAAUAUGCUGGGCCAUUAAUUGUUUAUUUGAUUUUCUAUUUGCGGCCAGAGUUCAUUUAUGGCAAAAAAGCUGGAAAAUCGAUUUCAUUGACCACUCACAUUGCUGCAGUUUGUUAUAUCCUGCACUAUGUGAAGCGUUUGCUGGAGACCAUUUUUGUGCAUCGUUUCUCUCACGCCACAAUGCCAUUGCGAAAUUUGUUCAAGAACUGCAGCUACUAUUGGGGCUUUACGGUGUGUGUCUCCUAUCAGGUGAAUCAUCCAUUCUACAGUUCGCCAGGCAUGUCGACAGUGUGGCUUGCCCUCGGUAGCUUUGCCCUCUGCGAACAGGGUAAUCUAUCGAUCCAUCUUGCAUUGCGUAAUCUACGUCCACCUGGCACUAGUGUGAGAAAGAUUCCUGUGCCCGAUCACAAUCCCUUGACUAAGUUGUUCAAUCUAGUCUCUUGUCCAAAUUAUACCUAUGAAAUUGGAACUUGGUUGUCCUUUUCGGUGAUGACUUCCUGCACGGCUGCAUAUCUCUUCGCAUUCGUAGGCACCUUACAGAUGAUCAUUUGGUCCAUGGCUAAACAACGCAAAUAUUUAAAGGAAUUCAAGGAUUAUCCCCAACAACGUCGAUGUAUUUUUCCCUAUGUUUUGUGAGGUAAAACUUGACUUCUUAUAAAUCAAAAUUUUAAUAGUUUGUUUACCUAUGCAUUAAUUUCACUACACACUAUUUUCGAUUGAGAAUUUUUCGGUAGAUAAGUAGGUAUGUAAAGCUAGAUUUACAAUAUUAUCGGAGUCACAAUAAAGUACUAUAUGAACAAA